UUUUCAUCUUUAACGAAAUCGUAUUGUUAUUAACAUUGCAGAUUAAUAUCACCUUAAACAUGGACGCUUCACCAACGAGAGACGAAACCGCGCGUAACAAAAGUUCUACAAAGGGCAUCAAGAAGAAGGCCAGAGGAGGGUGGAGUUUCGGGUUAAUUUUACUAGCUAAUCAAGGGCUGGCGACACUCGCGUUCUUUGGCGUUGGAGUGAACUUGGUUUUGUUCUUAACUCGAGUCCUCGGACAAGACAACGCUACCGCAGCUAACAAUGUCAGCAUUUGGACCGGAACCGUGUACUUGUGCUCCCUCAUCGGAGCUUUCCUUAGCGAUUCUUAUUGGGGCCGUUAUCUCACUUGCGCCAUCUUUCAAGUCAUCUUUGUCGCGGGACUGACGCUUGUGUCCUUGUCGUCUUAUAUACUCUUGCUCAAGCCUAGUGGUUGUGGCGACGGCCAAAAAAAAUGCCAACCGCCGAGUCCGGUCGGCUCGGGAAUAUUCUAUUUGGCAAUUUACCUAGUCGCGCUCGGCUACGGUGGCCAUCAGCCGACUAUAGCCACAUUCGGAGCCGAUCAAUUUGACGAGUCAAUCCCAAAGUACCAAAACGCGAAAGGGGCGUUCUUCUGCUACUUCUACUUCGCGCUCAACGUGGGGUCACUUUUCUCAAACACGAUUUUGGUCUACUUUGAGGACACCGGAAAAUGGACGCUAGGGUUUUGGGCUUCUACGGCCUCUGCGGUGCUUGCUCUCGUCACUUUUUUGCUCGGUUCGCCGAGGUAUCGGUACCUUAAGCCGUGUGGGAACCCUAUUCCGAGAGUCGCACAGGUUUUUGUGGCGGCGGUGAAGAAGAGGGGGGCGGCUCUCAAGCCGGGUGAUGCGUUGUAUGAGCUUCGUGGAACCGAGUCUGCGAUCAAAGGGAGUCGAAAGAUUUUUCAUACCGAUGAAUUCGAGUGUCUGGACAAGGCGGCGAUAGUGACGGAAAAGGACGGCGGAGCGCGGAAGAAUCCAUGGCGGCUGUGCACCGUAUCUCAGGUGGAGGAAGCAAAGUGCAUAAUCCGAAUGAUGCCGAUCUGGCUCUGCACAAUCAUAUACUCGGUGGUGUUCACCCAGAUGGCGUCCCUGUUCGUCGAGCAAGGGGAGGUGAUGGACACGGCCAUCGGAAACUUCCACCUCCCGGCGGCGAGCAUGUCGGUGUUCGACAUAUGCAGCGUCCUCCUCUGCACCGGAAUAUACCGCCAGAUCCUGGUCCCACUCGCCGGCAGGCUGAGCGGCAACCCCAAGGGCCUGACGGAGCUCCAGCGGAUGGGCAUCGGUCUGAUCAUCGGAAUGAUGGCGAUGGUCGCCGCCGGGAUGACGGAGAUCGCGCGGCUGAGGGGGGUCGUCCCCGGGCAGCGGUCGAGCUCCACCAGCGUGUUCUGGCAGAUCCCGCAGUACGUGCUGGUCGGCGCGUCGGAGGUGUUCAUGUACGUCGGGCAGCUGGAGUUCUUCAACGGGCAGGCGCCCGACGGGAUCAAGAGCUUCGGAAGCUCGCUGUGCAUGGCGUCGAUCUCCCUCGGGAACUUCGUCAGCAGCUUGCUGAUGAACAUGGUCACCGGAAUCACGACGAGGAACAACAUGCCGGGGUGGAUACCGGAGGAUCUGAACGCCGGCCACAUGGACAGGUUCUACUUCCUGAUCGCUGCUUUGACCGCCGUUGACUUUAUGAUCUACCUGGGUUGCGCCAAGUGGUACAAGGGUGUGAGUUUCGUCGAGAGCGGCGGCGGCAGCUACGAAGUCGAGGUGGAGGAGGAGGAGGAAGAAGUGGAAGUGGGUGAAAUUGUUAGGGAUAAAAGUGUGGUUGGGCCGAGUGAGGACCGAGUGGUGAAUAGAGUUUAAAUUUGGGCACUUUAUGUAAUUAGUUCCUUCUUGUU